UCCAGCCCUCGGGCAGCUCCCUCAGGUUGGCUCUGGGGGGGCCGGGCACCACGAGGCUGGGCACUGCAGGGAUGGACGCCUGUCCCCAGUGUGGGCGGCAGGACGGGGCGCCAGGGCUGGUGCGCAGACGGCCCCCUGUGCCCCCGAGCUUUCGUGAGCAGCUAAAGGGCCGGCUGAGGCAGAGCUGUGCAUGUCACAGGCAACGGGCCUGGGCGCUGGUGCAGGACCUGGUGCCUGCUGUGCGCUGGCUGCCCCAGUACCGCCCAAGGGAGGACCUGGCGGGCGACGUCAUGUCUGGCUUGGUCAUCGGCAUCAUCCUGGUGCCACAGGCCAUCGCCUACUCACUGCUGGCCGGCCUGCAGCCCCUCUACAGCCUCUAUACGUCCUUCUUCGCCAACCUCAUCUACUUCCUCCUGGGCACCUCCCGCCACGUGUCCGUGGGCAUCUUCAGCUUGCUCUGCCUCAUGGUGGGUCAGGUGGUAGACCGAGAGCUCCAACUGGCUGGCCUCGACCCUGCCCACGAUGAUGGCUCACCCCCGGGGACCAACGACAGCAUCCUCAACGCCUCGGCCACCCAGCUAACCCUCGGGCCGGACUGCGGGCGGGACUGCUACGCCAUCCGCAUUGCCACUGCCCUCACGCUCAUGACUGGGAUUUACCAGGUCCUCAUGGGCGUCCUUCGAUUGGGUUUCAUGUCUGCCUACCUCUCGCCACCUCUGCUCGAUGGCUUCGCGAUGGGGGCCUCGCUGACCAUCCUGACCUCGCAGCUCAAGCACCUGCUGGGCGUGCGGGUACCUCGGCACCGGGGCCCUGGGAUGGUGCUGAGCACCUGGCUGAGCCUGCUGCGCCACGCUGGCCAAGCCAAUGUGUGCGACGUGGUCACCAGCGCCGUGUGCCUGGCUGUGCUGCUGGCCGCCAGGGAGCUCUCCGACCGAUACCGGCACCGCCUGAAGGUGCCCCUGCCCACGGAGCUGCUGGUCAUUGUGGCGGCCACGCUGGCGUCUCACUUCGGGCGGUUUCACCAGCGAUUCGGCUCCAGCGUGGCCGGAGACAUUCCCACCGGCUUUCAGGCUCCAAGGGCUCCCGACCCGGGGCUAAUGUGGCGCGUGGCACUGGACGCCGUCUCCCUGGCCCUUGUAGGCUCCGCCUUCUCCGUCUCGCUGGCGGAGAUGUUCGCCCGGAACCACGGCUACUCCGUGUGGGCCAACCAGGAGCUUCUGGCCGUGGGCAGCUGCAACCUGGUAGGUUCCUUCUUCCACUGCUUCGCCACCAGCGCCGCGCUGGCCAAGAGCCUGGUGAAGACGGCUACGGGCUGCCGCACGCAGCUGUCCAGCGUAGUCAGUGCCGCCGUGGUGCUGCUGGUGCUGCUGGCGCUGGCCCCGCUCUUCCGGGACCUGCAGAGGUGCGUCCUGGCCUGCGUCAUCGUCGCCAGCCUGCGGGGGGCCCUGCGCAAGGUGGGCGACCUCCCGCGCCUGUGGAGGCUCAGCCGGGCCGACGCGCUCGUCUGGGUGGCCACGGCGGCCACCUGCGUGCUGGUCAGCGUGGAGGCCGGGCUGCUGGCUGGCGUGGUGCUCUCACUGCUCAGCCUGGCCGGCCGCACGCGGCACCCCCACACCGCCCUGCUCGCACGCGUCCACGGCUCCGCCUUUUACGAGGACAUCUCGGAGUUCGAGGGGCUCGUGUCCGAGCCAGGCGUGCGCGUGGUCCGUUUCGCGGGGCCGCUCUACUACGCCAACAAGGACUUCUUCCUGCGGUCACUCUAUACCCUCACGGGGCUGGACGCGGGAUGCGCAGCGGCCAGGAGGCGGGGCCUGGAAGCGGGCAGUGGCCAGGCCCCCGGGACAGCGGGCACCGCGUCCGCGCUGGUGCCCUCGGCGGCCGGCUUCCACACGGUGGUCAUCGACUGCGCCCCGCUGCUGUUCCUGGACGUGGCCGGCCUGGCCACGCUGCAAGGCCUGCGCCGGGACUACGAAGCCCUGGCCAUUGUGCUGCUGCUGGCCGGCUGCAGCCCCGCGGUGAGGGGCGUGUUGAGCCGAGGGGGCUUCCUCCAAGAGGACGAGGAGACGCAGCUGUUCCACAGCGUGCACAGCGCCGUGCAGGCGGCGCGGGCCCGCCACAGGCAGCUGGAGUUGGAGGCCGCCGACUCAGUCCUCUAGCGGGUCCACACCCGCAGGCCCCGGGCAAACUCCAAACGCUACAGCACCGUGGACGCCGUGGGGUUAGCUGAUGCCGGCUCACUGGGAGCCUAAGCGACCGGGCAGACCAUCACCUGUGGGCUUCUGAAGCCGUUACUCUUCACAGCAGUAGAAAGCCUCCUCUUUCUCCCGCAGAGCGCAGAGCGGCUGGUGGUUUUGAACCGCUGACCUGGUGACUAGCAGUUCAACACGUAACCACUAUACCACGUAGGAUCCUGGAGCCCACGGCAGACAUCCUCAAUCCAUGGCUGCAUACCUUCCCUGCCCAGGGAGCAGUGCCUGGCUGUAGUCAGCCACCAGAUACCUCCGGUGCCACGUCCCCUGUCCCCAUUCUGACCUGGAAUAGGGACCAGUGACACGUUCAACACACACGUGCGCACGAGCGAGGACCCAACCAAGACUGCCUUCCACACAAACGUUGCCACAGCUGCAGACCUGGGCUCUAGUCCCAAGUCCCCCAGUCUUAGAAGUCCGACUCAUGUUUGAACGAGGGGCCCUGCUCCAACUAAUCCAAGCGCCCUGGUGACGCUGUGAGUCACGCACUCAGCUGGUAACCACGAGGUUCCAAACCACCAGCGGCUCCGUGGGCAAAGAUGAACAAACCCUCUGAAACCCACAGUUGUGCCCUGUCCU